AAACUUCGAAGCUGCGAUUCCCCGGUUGAACUGUAAUGCAUCAUAACUGUUACGGGUUGGAACUCUCCAUAGACGAAGACACAUCCGGUGUACGAUAAAGAAACUUUCACUUCACAAUGUCAGGCUCAGUUCCAGAAGGUGCCGGUGGAGCGUCUAGCAACAGGCGUUUGCAGCAAACCCAGGCCCAGGUUGAUGAGGUGGUGGACAUAAUGCGUGUCAAUGUGGACAAAGUCCUGGAGCGUGACCAGAAGUUGUCUGAAUUGGACGACCGAGCAGAUGCACUCCAGGCUGGCGCCUCCCAGUUUGAGACCAGCGCCGCCAAGCUCAAAAGGAAGUACUGGUGGAAGAACUGCAAGAUGUGGGCCAUCCUGAUAGCUGUCCUGCUCAUCAUUGUGGUCAUCAUUAUCAUUUGGUCAAGAUCAUAAAACACCACCAAGAACAGGAUGAAGGAAUUGGAGAUUAGCAACAUGCGUCAUAGAUGUUUUAGAGGCAGAGGUCACAUGAUCACUGCCUUCUUUUUUUUUUUUUUUUCACGUUUUCUCCUGGUGGGCGGCGGGGGGCUUCCUCUGUCAUCAUCUGUUUGUUGUUCACACGCCUACGUGCCUCAGUAAAGGGUAAUAUUUCAUUAGUGGUCGUACGGAUAUUGGCACACCGCAUCAGAUUUGGUGUCGUACCACCUACCAAAGACACAUACACAGCUAAUUAACUCAAUUCAAAGUCAAGCAGUGUCACAUGACGAGUUGCCUCUACUCCAGUUCAUGUGAAAUUGUCAUUUUUAUGGUAAGAUCCCAAACUUGCCAAUCAUAGGAUAAGAAAUGUGAUUGAUGUAUAGUAGUGAACGCUUGUUUGUUUUUAUGUUCAUUAGCCCACAAAGUGCGUGUGUGUGUGUGCCAAGCUCAGAUGUGCCUUUAGCAAUACUGACAGUUUUCAUUGAAACAGUUACGGUGGCUAUCACCUGAAUCGUUCCGAUGAGGGUACACCGACUAUAUUUAUAUCUUCUUUCCAAUUUCAGAAGCAGAGCUACAGAGCUGUCGGAUUUGAUAACGCGACCUAAUGCCUUAACUUAUUUAUACACGUGGCUCAGUGCUUAUAUACUUGUAUUUUGCAGACCUUCCAUUUAGGUAGAUAAAAAUAUAUACUUUAGGUAUUCAUUUAGGAAAAUUUCAGGUGGACUGAAAUUUUAUUGCAAAUGCGAGAAAGCGCGUCGGCGUCUUCACGUCAAGAAGAUGCGGCGUCCAGUGCUUUCAUUGAAACAAGUGCCUCAAUUCUCAGGCCAACAGAAAAAGUGUUUGCCUUUAUGAAGUAUUUUGUCUAUUAAAAAAAGAUAAUUAACUUUAGACAAAUGCCACCAUAGAUGUCUGCACUUCAUCAAAUAGAAAGUGCCUUUGUUGCUUCUGCAAUGGGAUAAUUUAGGAUGUAUCUGUGCCGUGAUCUACGGAAUACACGGCACCAGAUGGGGGACAGUAGUGCCUUCUAAAUCCACCCAAGUAUACCGUGCAGCUGUCGUGCUUACCUUCAUUAAUAGUGUAUGUAUCUAAUCUCGGUCAAGUGCAUUCGUAUGGAGAUGCCAUUUUAUUAAGCAUUUAGCUAUUUUUUGAAACUAAUUCUGUAGAAAUAAUCUUACAAGGUUUUUUUUUGUGUGUGUCCACUUCUGCCAAGCAUUGUACUGUAGCUGUUUGAAUUUGUAUUAAAAUGUAGUUGGGAAAUGACAGUGUGAGAAUUACACACGUUUGUACUGUGCCAACACUGGAUAAUUGCAUACCCUGCUGUUGCUUCUGUCUAAAUAAAAUUA